UCGUCGAAAGAGGAGAGAGAAAUAAUAAAUAUACGACGAGGGGGCAUGGCCCCCCUCUCCCUUAUUCUAUUCCUCCACACCGAUCACUCGCUGCUCCCCUCUCUCGCCGGAGCUCCGGGCCGGAUGGCGGCGGCAGCAGCAGCUCCUCCCGCCUCCGUGAUCGCGUGAUGGACGCACACACCGCCGCGCUCCGCCGAUGGACGACGCCGGAAGGCCACCACCACACGCUCCCGUGGCGGUGACCGCCUCCGCCUCCGCCUCCGCCACCGCCGCGCCCGCCCCUCCCCAACCCUCAGCCACUGCUGCCGUCGACAGGUCCUCCCCCGACCCCGACGCGCUCUAUGAAGAGGGGAUGUGGCAACAAAUGGCCAUGGACAGCGGUGCCACUAUGCAACCUGGGUCAUAUCCUGAGCGACCAGGUGAACCCGACUGCACUUACUAUCUCAGGACUGGAUUGUGUCGAUUUGGCAUGAGCUGCCGAUUCAAUCAUCCUCCGGAUAGGAAUCUGGCUAUUGCCUCUGCCAGAAUGAAGGGAGAAUAUCCUGAGAGAGCGGGACAGCCAGAGUGUCAGUAUUAUCUGAAGACUGGAACAUGCAAGUUUGGCCCUACAUGCAAAUUUCACCAUCCCAGGGAAAAGGCUGGAAUUGCAGGGAGGGUGCAGCUAAACACAUCAGGAUAUCCACUCCGCCCGAAUGAAAAGGAGUGUGCAUAUUAUUUAAAAACAGGACACUGUAAAUAUGCAAAUACUUGUAAAUUCCACCAUCCGGAACUUUUCAAUGUGGUGCCUUCGUCACGUGGUUCUCCUAUUUAUACCUCUGUACAUUCCUCUGCGAGUGCUGGUCCGCAGUCCUAUACUGGAACUAUGCCAAGCUGGGCUUUUCCACGAGCUUCUUUUAUACCAAGCCCUAGGUGGCAAAGUCCUUCAAAUUAUGCGCCGAUGAUUGUACCUCAGGGCCUUGUUCAAAUGCAGAGCUGGAAUUCAUAUACUGGUCAGCUGCAGUCACCUGGGGCUCAACAAACUUAUGGAAGUUCACAACAAGGAGAAGCUAGUACAGGAAAUCAGGGAAUGCUGUCACCAUACAGACCCAGUUCGUUUCCCGUGCCUCAAUAUGCGCUGCAGAGAGAGAAUGUAUUUCCUGAGAGACCUGAUGAACCAGAAUGCCAAUAUUACAUGAAGACAGGAGAUUGUAAAUUCGGUGCAGUGUGCAAGUUCCAUCAUCCCCGGGGUGAAGAACUGUGCAAAUUCUAUUCUCGUUACGGCAUCUGCAAGUUCGGCGCCAACUGUAAAUUCGACCAUCCUACAGUGGUUGCUCCAAUGGUCUAUGCGUAUGGUUUCUCCGCGUCUGCUUCCCCUGCAUCCGCUUCGACUAAUGUACCUAUGGCGCGACGCCUUCUGGGAUCCCCACCGGGGUCUGGAUAUACAUCUUAGGCGUCGUUUUUUUUUUCAGUUGACCUACUUCGAUUUAUAAAAUCCAUGGCACUGCCUCAGGCGCUGUGAAUGUUUCUCCUAACUUCCUGCCGGGAUCAAAGUUCUGUAAAUUGAGUUGCUACCGGAGAUGUACAGCCCCUUUUUUUUUGGUUAAUCCAGAUCUUUGGGAAUAACUCUCGAAACCGAAUAAACUUUGGAUACAGAGAUGCCAGUUUUCA